UCCUAACGCGACUACAGCUGCAGUCUGAAUUUGUCGUUUAGUGAUGUUUAUUUACGCCUUAUCUUAUUAAAAUUUACGACUCGUUACGCCUCCCGCUAAGAUUAAAUUAGAUUGCGUUUUAAAUACCAGCUCGAUAUUGUGUAAAAACAAAGUGGUACACAUUCGUGUCGUGAUUUUUGUGCGUAAAUCAUGGAUGAAAUAAAUUUCGCGGCCCAAUGUUUAUUGGAAAUGUCACACAGUAAAGAUCAUAUUAAUCGCCCCCUGGAUCUCUCCAAUAGACCAGUAUCACACGAUAUCACAUCUCUUUUAUCAGGAAACAAUGUCGGCCCUGCCGUAAUUGUCGAGCCGGUUCCCGUUGUUCCACAUUCUUUUGUAAAAGAAGAACCCGUCACCACAAAUUCUACCGAGUCAUCUUCGUAUAUGGUUGCCCGUAUUCUUACAGAUCUCACCCGCAUUAAACAAGAGCCGGUACCGGAAGUUCCAUCAGAUACGGAAGGAAACCUUACUAUAGAUGAAGACGAACAGGAUGAAGGCUACAGCAGUUACAUAAACAAUUCCAAUGGGAAAUCUCGGAAUUCUAAAGUUUGUAAAGUUGUAAGUGGUAUCCCGAAAAAUUUAGAUUCCACUGUACCAUUCGCGCGCAAACCGGCUCUUCCCAGAGCUCAAUCGGCUAACAAACUCUCGACACAGUUACGAAAAACUCAUAAAUGUUUGUAUGAUGGAUGUCAUAAAGUAUAUGGAAAAAGUUCCCACUUGAAAGCCCACUUAAGAACACACACAGGUAAGUUUUAUUUCAAAUAUAUCCUUUUCGAAAGCAAGAACGGACUUACCUGCCAAAGGGUUUCAUAUUUUCCCUUUUAGAAAUGCCGACAUUGA